GUGAGUUGUUGUUUAUGUUUCUAAGACUGCAGGGUGGGAGAUGCAACAAUGUCCUUGAGAACAGCAGGAAGUGUGUUGGUGGUCUUUCUCUGGUCUGUAGCAGUGGUACUGGGUCAGGAUGGCUGGAGUGUUACAUACACCACUCAGAGUAUCUGUACCUUGAAGGGGUCAACAGUAGAGCUGUCCUCCUCUUACACAUAUCCCAGUGUUUAUACAGUCACAACAACCUUCUGGUUCACUAAAUAUGAUGCUGAGGAGAAUUAUGUUAGUCUGAAGGAUGACCCAGACUACAAAGGACGUGUGACGUACCGUGAGGAUAAAGAGAAUGGUCACAUCCUGACAAUCACAGACCUGAGAGAGAGUGACUCAGCUACGUACAUGUUCAGAUUUACAGAUCAGACUGGGAAGUGGAGAUAUACUGGCAAACCUGGAGUCACUCUGUCUGUUACAGGUCUUCAGGUGAAGGUGACUGGUGGACAUCAGGAUAAGACACUGACCUGUAUCACCACCUGUACUCUGACUGACAACCCCACCUACAUCUGGUACAAGAACGGACAACAUCUAGAUGAGAGCACCUCCCCCCAGUACAAAGACCCAGUCUCCAGUAACUAUGAAGACAGCUACUCCUGUGCUGUAAAAGGCCAUGAGGAUCUCCUCUCUCCUGCAGUGUGUGUCCAGGGUCAGGACUGCAACAGAGUGACUUACACCAAGAGGACAAUCUGUGCCUUGAAGGGGUCAUCAGUGGACAUAUCCUGUACUUAUUUCAUUCUUUAUAACAUCACAUCAUCACUCUGGUUUAGUCCUAAACAGAGAUCUAGGUGGAGGGAUGAGUUGAUCCCUGAGGACCUAACCACAGACCCAGGGUAUGCAGGUCGUGUGGAGUAUGUUGGAGAGAAGGAGAGAGGUCACUCCACCCUGAGAAUCACAGAUCUGAGAGAAGAGGACUCUGCUGAGUACAAGUUCAUAUUCAACACACAGACAUCAAGAUGGGGACACAGUUUCCCUGGAACAACUCUGACUGUCACAGACCUGCAGGUGAAGGUGACUCCUGCCACAGAGGCAGGGAAGAGGACACUGACCUGUAGCACCACCUGUACUCUGACUGACAACCCCACCUACAUCUGGUACAAGAACGGACACAAAGUAAAGGAGGACACCUCCAGCCUGUACUCAGACUCCUUUAGUGAUGCAGACAGUUACUCCUGUGCUGUAAAAGGCCACGAGGAUCUCCUCUCUCCUGCAGUGUGUCAGAAGUGUUGGAGUGUGACUUACACCCAUCAGAGUAUCUGUGCCUUGAAGGGGUCAACAGUGGACAUAUCCUGCUCUUACACAUAUCCCAGUUACCAUGAGAUCAAACAAGCUUUCUGGUUUACUAAAUGGUCUGGUAUGGAGGCUGAAGAUCUGAGCUCAGCACCAGGGUAUGAGGGUCAUAUAGAGUACCUUGGGGAUAAGAAGAGUGACUGUACCCUGAGAAUCACAGACCUGAGAUUGAGUGACUCUGCUGGGUACAGAUUCAGAUUGAUAACAUCCGGAGAUCAGUUUUCUGGCUCACCUGUCUCCCUGACUGUCACAGAUGUUGUGUUGGAGAUGGAUCCUACAUCUGUGUCAGAGAGGGAGAAUGUGACACUGACAUGUAGAACCAAAUGUACACUGGACCCCAUCACAGUCUACAGUUGGUUUAAAAAUGGACAGUCUAUACCAAACAGCAACACCUCCUCUCCUGUCUACAUCCUAUUCUCAGUCAGCAGUGAGGAUACAGGCAGAUACUCCUGUUCUGUAGAAGGACAUGAGGAUCUCCCCUCUGCUGAAGAGACUCUCACUGUCACAUAUGGUCCAAGGAACACCUCAGUGUCAGUCAGUCCCUCUGGUGAAAUAGUGGAGGGCAGUUCAGUGACUCUGACCUGCAGCAGUGAUGCCAACCCACCUGUGGACAAAUACACCUGGUACAAGAAGAACGUAACCUCACCAAAAGCAUCAGGACAGAGUUACAGCAUCACUAACAUCAUCUCUGAGGACAGAGGAGAAUAUUACUGUGAGGCCCAGAAUGGAAGAGGAUCUAUGAACUCUACAGCUCUGAUGAUCAUUGUAGCAGGGAAACAGACCUCAGUUCUGACUGCAGCUGUAGGAAUCAUAGUGGUUGUUCUGGUUCUCAUCCUCUGUCUCUCUGGACUCAUGUGGUUCAGGUGA